AAAGCAUUAGCGAAAUAAAAAUGCUGUCAUUAUUUGGGUUGGCCUCUCCCGACAUCGACGCCUCAGGCAUUUAGUUAGUUUCUGUGUGACGUUACAACCGGCGCCAUGGCUCUACAGAAGAGAACUAUUAAAAUAAUAGUUAUUACUGUGAUUACAUUACUUAUUAUUGGAGCUUUGCUGGGAAUCCUGCUGGGUCUCUUGUUGCGAUCUGAUAAAGUUGCGUUGGAGGUAUGGCCGCGGGGCGCUGACGGGUCCAAGGAGCCAAAGAUCGCGUAUAAAGUCAGCGACAAUAGCAGCUAUCUGCCGUGGGUACGCCGGAUCAAUGACACCCUUAGUGAAUACAAUAAGAUACGUAAAGGAAGCGACGCCGCUAAACUCGUCAAGUGUGAUUACCACUCGAAGUUGAGCCAAGACCAGGUGUGCGACGUGGAUAUUAACCUGUUCUUCCCUUGUACUGCCGCCAACAACUACAACUACCAGCACGGCAAGCCCUGUGUCUUCCUGAAGCUUAAUAAGGUUGCAAACUGGAAGCCCAACCCUUACAAUACCACAGACAGCCUGCCCGCAUCCAUGCCUCUUGACUUGAAGCAGGCCAUCAAACCGAAGUCCGGCCAACUCGAGAUGAACCAGGUGUGGGUGUCCUGCGAGGGUGUCUCCGAAGCUGACAAGAACAACGUUGGCUCCAUGCAGUACAUUCCCAGUCCUGCCCACGGCUUCCCCUCCUACUACUUCCCUUACACCAAGGAGCCCUACCUCAGCCCGCUAGUCGUCGUCAUGUUCGAGAACCCUGCUUUGGACACGGCAAUCAACGUGGUGUGCAAGGCGUGGGCCAAGAACAUCGUCGAAGGCGGCGAGCAGGUCUCCGCUCGCUUCCAGCUGAAGGUGGACAGCUAGAUGCAGAACACCAAAGGAGGGAGUCGCCAUAUUUAUCCCCUCGGGCGGCAAGAUGCCUCGAAAUGGACGCUCUCCGACAACCGCGCAUGCGGCGGCCGCCAUUUUUAAUAUUGAAAACUUGUCGGCUAAUUCCUUUGCCCCCCGGGGGGUUAUCUAACCUAACGUAUUAACGUAGGCCGUGUCUUGUUUCCUUUCAUAAGUGGCUUUCUUGGCCUUUCACAGACCAAGCGUAAGGACCCUUCUCUGCCUCUUUUAAGGAUUCUUCUCCUUUUCUGCUUCUCUUCUUCUUCUUUUCUUCUUCUUUAUUUUCGCUUGAGUUGUGCUACUUGUGCUGUUAAAAGCAGUAAAAAUCAUUAUAGCAAAAAAUGCAAAAAGAUGACGACUAAUUCGGUCAGGAUCUAAGGAUAAGUCAUACACAGACCAGGAGGCAGGCCGUACCUCGAUUUGCUAUAAUCAUGCCCACCUGUAAAAGAUACGUUUUAUUUUGUGGCACUCACACACGACAUAAUAGAUGUAACAUUCUCUACGAUGAUUUUUUUUUUAAAUCUUGAUAAUUAAAAAUUAAGCGGUUCUUAAUUGCUUUGAGAUAUUUAAUUUACUUUUGUGAGUUUCUAGAUCUAUUUAAGUACUACAUUUUUUUACUUAGUUUUAUGUACGGUUUACGUAAGUGUAGCUAAAUAAUACAAAAAGGGAUCAGAUUUUGAAUUUUAUUUGUAUAGAGAAAAUUUUCACCGAUCGUUUUUCGACUUCUGCCAGAUAACUAGAGUAGGUACUUACCUAAAGUUAGUCAAAAAACCUUUACCUACUCGAAAAUGUAUUCUUAAAGCAGUUGAAAAAGGCAGUAUUUUGCAAUGAAUCUAUUAACUAUUUAUAUUUAUCGUAGACUAUGUAUUAAUGUUAGUACCUAGUGUAUAUAAUAUGUCUACGGCCUUCUAACCUAGUAGCUACUAGCUACCCAGAGGGCCUACCGCGAACCACGUUCGACGUAUUGCCUCUCUAUCGCACUUGUAAAUUCGUACGUAAGUGUGACAGGGAGACAACACGUCGAACGUUUGCGGUAGGCCCCCAGGCAGCAACCCUACAAAUCAGGAGGCUCUGGGUUCAAAUCCCGGUAAGGGCAUUUAUUUGUGUAUUUAUCACGAAUAUGUGUUCCUGAGUUAUGGAUGUUUUCUAUGUAUUUUUACGAAUUUGUAUCUGUCUAAUUAUAUUGUCUAUAAAAUUAAUUAAAUGUCUAUACAAUUUAUUAAUUGUCUAAUAAUUAUAAAAUUAAGUCAUUGUAAAUCUAGUAGCCACGAUACAAGCCUUACUGAGCUUACUGUGGGCUGGGGGACUAGGUUUAUUUUGUGUAAAAUUGUUCCAUAGUAUUAAUUUAUUUAUUUAUGUCAUGGCUCCUCUACACGAUGGGCCAACGCCGGCCACUCCAAGGGAGGCAUUUAUGCGUUAGAGGGAGCAAGUGAUAUUGCUAUCUAAUUCUACCGCAUGGCUGCGUCCCUUGGAGUGGCCGACGUUGGCCCAUCCUGUAGAGAAGCCAUCAGACUUACCCCAUCACAAAAGCGCUACAAACCGUAAUUAGCUAAUAAUUUUUUGUCUUUAUGUCAUUUUGAAUUUUGAUCAAGUGUGGUGACUCCCUUAAAUAACUACCUUAUUGUGCGUCGUGUUUUUAAUAUUAUUAUUAAAUUAUAAUCCAUUUUUGUCUUAGCUUUAUAUUAUUUGUCUGAAUCUCUGUUCUCAAGCGUUGACUGAUGAUGAAAGUCAUAGCAUUAAGCCCGCAUUAUGUACUGUCUCUUAUGCAUUUCUUUGUUUUUGUUUAAUAAAGUUUAAAUAAAUAAUUA